AUGCUUCGACGCACCUUUGCCAUCGUACAAAAGGGUGAACGGGGGCUUUAUUUUCCCAUCAAUCACCGUAUUGUGGAUUGUCGAGUUGCCCCCGGGGUCACUGUGGAGGAAGCGGAUGUGCAGUCACGAUAUCGUCGUGAGCUCCGCACGUGCUUUACCACCGGGGAAACGCGACAGACUGUACCCCCCGUCUGGAGUGCUCGCGAAAGGCCUACACACUUUUUAUCGUUGCGUCUUCCGGUGAAGAAUGUACUAAAGACGCGUGUGAAUGAGAUGCAUAAUCAGAUUCUCUUUUCCCACCAGCAGCACGCGCCCCUGCUUGUCCCACUAGCAAAGCUACACAUUACCUUGGGUGUGAUGACCAUUUCGGAGAGUGAGGAAGCGGAGAGGUUGGCAUCCAUUCAUGAGUGUGUCUCGGAGGUGUUUUCGGCGCUUCGUCCGCUGCAACUGCGGUUCAGAGGUUUGGGGACGUUUGGGUUUGGCCGUGUUCUUUUCAUACGUGUUGUUCCCGAGGCGGAUUUUAGUGUGCUCGACGCCGCUGUUUCCAAAUUCCGUCGAGGGGUUGGGGGGGAGUUAAAAGUAGACAUAAAGGGCAACCCACACGACUCUUACGUUCCGCACAUUACUGUCGCCAAGAUUAGGUCCAACCAGCGGGCGCAGUUUGGCAACAAGAUACCCUUGUCGAUGUGGGCAGGGUAUCAACACCACGAUUUUGGGGAUGUGACGUUUUCGCAGGUUGAUAUUUGUCGCAUGCGGGGGGCGACGGACGGGUAUUACCACACGGAGGCCUCCGUCCAGUUGUCGUAG